AUGAUAGACAUCGUUAUUACCGUUGCUACAAAAGUUUCAGAGUACUUGGUUGCUCCAAUUGGACACCAGCUUAGUUAUCUGUUUUGCUACCGCAGCCACAUGGAUGAACUCGACAAGAAGAUUCAGGAAUUGGGGUGUAUGAGGGGUGACCUUCAGAUAACUAUUGAUACAGCUAUUAGAAGUGGGGAUGAAAUCAGACCUAUUGUUCAAGACUGGCUGACUCGGGUAGAUGGGAUUACAGGGCAGGCAGAAGAAUUAAUGAAAGAUGAAAAUAAGAGUUGUCUCAAUGGCUGGUGUCCUAAUCUCAAGUCACAUUACCUGCUAAGCAGAGAAGCGGACAAAAAGGCGCAGGUUAUUGUUCAAAUCCAAAAAGACCAUAAUUUCCCCGAUGGCGUAUCAUAUUGUGCCCCUCCAUCGAAUAAACAGUAA